UGGAAAUGGAAAACUCCUCAUGUUUAUAUAUCUUGUAAAGCAGGCUCCUAACCACAAGAGCUGAUGCCACAAUAAACCCCUUACCCUCUUAGAAUACAUCUGCAUACCCAGUUUUGAACAAGGUUUAAAACGAUAACUGGGCUAGCUGAUUACUUACAGAGAGGAGGGAGCAUUAUUAUUAUUUAUAUACUGCUUUUCCACAAAAAAGUUCUCAAAGUGGUUUACAUAACAAAAUGAAAUAAAAGAUGGUUUCUUCUUCCAAAAUGGCUCACAACCUACACAGACAUGUGUGCGCACAACACUAGUAAAGUCACUGGAGGCAUACUAUGCUGGGUUUAAUAGGAUAAAGCAUUAAAACUUAUGAUCCAUCCAGAAAUCUUCUGCUUCAGCAUCAUCUGUUGAUCAGGCUCAGUGGGAGUCCAUGCUCAUUCAGUCAGCCUAUUCAGCCUGUUUAAUUUGUUUGCCUGGGCCUGCAAACAUUGAUUGGGCAUAUCCAGUUACCUAGGCUAGCUACAGUGGGUCAAUAAUCAAGCAAAUGCUCUGUGAUUCCCAAACGGUGGUUUGUGUCCCCUGGGUGUACUUGAGGGCUUUCCUGGGGCUACACUGUAGUUCUCUAUUGGCCACCUUCUUUUUUAAGGUCUCUCUCUUAUCUGCUAAAGUGAAACAUCUGCUGCUUUUAUAGUUACACAACAAAAACAGUACCAUCUCACCCAUUCAUUUUGGUCACCUGAUGUGUUUCACUGUUAUUAAUGUGGCACCUUUUCACAACCAUGUUGAAACAUGUAGCUCCUGAGGUGCGGUUAAUACCUCGUACGCAAAAUGUAAGUAAAACAGAUGGUUAUUGCACUGAGACUCUCUUUUGUGGGGGAGAGGUACUUGCAGUGGUCUGAAGUGUCAGGGCUGCACAUCAAGCUUUGGGAACCAGUGCGCUACAGUUACUGUAUUUGUCCCCAGCCCUGUUGAGCAUGUUCUGCUGAAAGUGGAGAACACAAGAGCACCCAGACACCUCUAGCCAGCACCCAGAGCUCAAACCCUUUGAUUGCAAACCUUGUAAGGCAAAGGUUCCUUACCAGAUGAUGAUGGACUACAACUCCCAUGAUCUCCAGUCACAAAUGUCUUUUGGCCAUUGUGGCUGGGGAUAAUGGAAGUUGUAGUCCAUCAUUAUCUGGUGACCCGAGAUGGAGAACCCUGUAUUAAGGCGUCCAGGCUUAGGACAUGAAACCUGAGUUGUUCCCACACUCUUUCAUAGCUGCAAUUGAACAGCAUCUUGAGCAAAGGGGCUUUUCCAUUUUUAUUGACAGCCGCUGCUGGGAAAGCUCCUGGGAGGUGGUUACUUCAAUAAAAAGAAACGUGUCAGCAGAGACUUGGGCGCAGAUUUCUCCUUUCCUCAACUGAACUGUUAAUUAUUUGUAUCGAAUUCAAUCGCGUUAUAUGCCACAUCGGGACUCUCUGCCGUUUGUCAAGCUUUCAGCUUCUGUAUCCACAGGGAUUCCUUCCCAACUUUGGUUCCCCAUUUGUUUCUGGACUACAACUCCUCAUCCUCCAGGCCAGAAGGCUCGAAACAAAAAGUUAGCAGCCAUCCCGCGCCCCUGUCCCUGCUUUCCACUCCGCUUCGCAGGUUCUAUUUACAGCAAAAAGCAGAAGAAGCAAUCCCACUUCCCUUCCAGUUGGCAUGACGACCCUGCGGCCGCUCUAGCCUCUCCUCUCGCUUCCAUAGUACCCGGCUCCAUUGGCGCAGCCAUUCCAUAGAGAGGAAUUCUAUCGCCUCCUCUCUGGGCGCCGCUCCUUUGACGGCCGCUCUAGCCCCCCGUCUCUCUGCCCCUGACCCUUCCCAAGCCAGGACUGCGCCUCUAUAUGGGCCGCGGGGGCAGCGGAGCCGCCGGCACCUCUGGAGGCUGGGCGAUGGCCUUUCCCUCACCUUUUGGACCGUGCUGACCUCGCACCCACCCUCUGCUUGCCGGGAGAAAACCAUCAUGGGCCCCCUAGUUGUCAGCCACCUGAAGCCGCUGGUGACGCUGCUCCUCGCCCUGUGUGGGAUCCAUCAGACUCAAGGGGGCGACUGCAAGGGGCACCGUCAGGUGCUGCGCAGUGCAUCUGGCUAUGUGACCGAUGGACCCGGCAACUACUCUGUCAAUGGGAAUUGCGAGUGGCUGGUGGAGGCUCCCAGCAGCAGCUACCGGAUCCUCCUGACCUUCAUGUUCAUGGAUACAGAAUGCACCUACGACUAUCUCUUCAUUUACGACGGCGAUUCUCCCAGCAGCCCCUUGCUGGCCAGCCUCAGUGGCAGCACUUUACCUGCCACCAUCGAAGCCACCUCUGGCAAGAUGCUAUUGCACCUGUUCAGUGACGCCAACUACAACUUGCUGGGCUUCAACGCCACCUACAGCAUCUCGCUGUGCCCGAUGGGUUGCUCGGGACAUGGGGUCUGUGGCGACGACGGGCGCUGCGCCUGCUUCCAAGACUGGGGUGGUGAGGACUGCUCAGUGCCUGACUGCGCCACCUAUUGUCAGAUCCACGGCUUGUGCAGCCAGCACUCAGGGCGCUGCCAGUGUGAGCCUGGAUUUGUGGGACAGGCCUGUGAUUUGGCCCUGAGUGAGAACCAAGGAGCUGGCAAGUGGUACAACGUGAGCGCCCAGGACCCCAGCUUCCGGCCCCGCACAGCUGCCGCAGGAGCCUUCCUGCCCUCCACUGGAGCACUGUACAUCUUUGGAGGUUUGGAUCUCAACUCAGCCCUGGGGGAUCUCGUCUUCUAUAACUUCACCACCAACGUUUGGCAUCGGCGAGUGCUCAGUCCUUCCCCAUCUGCCCGCCACUCCCACACCGCUGUGGCUUGGGAGGGCUUCCUGGUUCUUUUUGGGGGCGAGUUGGCCACGGGCUUUCUGGCCAACGACAUCUGGAUGUACCUGCCGCGGGAGGGGCGCUGGCAGGAGCUGGUGCCCCUCAACAGAACGUGGUCUCUUGCGCCCCCUGGUCUGGCUGGCCAUGCAGCGGCGGUGGUGGACGAAUGGCUGUACAUAUUUGGAGGCCGCACCUCGGUGGACGUCUUCUCCUCGCAGAUGUACCGCUUCCACCUCAGGGCGUGGCGCUGGGAGUUGGUGAUGCCCUCCGGGGGAAAGGCUCCGGCGGCAGCAGGCCACUCCAUGGUCUUCCAUCCAGCCUCCCGCACCCUCCUGGUGUACGGGGGGCACCGACCUUCCACUGCCCGGUUCAGUGUGCGGGUUAACACCACUGACCUCUUCCACGUGGACCUGCACUACUGGACGACGCUGCGUGCCAAAGAUUCGCACCGGGGGCCUCGAGAGCGGGCCUUCCACUCCGCCACAGUCAUUGGCAAUUACAUGGUGGUCUACGGGGGCAACGUGCACAUCCAUUACCACGAAGAGAAAUGUUACGAGGACGAAAUCUUCUUCUACCACCUGGGCUGCCACCAGUGGGUCUCUAGCCACGAACUGGUGCCUCCGAUCACUCAUGAACGCGAGAUGAAGCCUCGAGUGCAAGCACGAGGCCGGUAUUCCCACGUGGCCACGGUGAUGAGCGGGAACGUGCUGCUGGUAGCUGGGGGCUACAGCGGGGUGCCGCGGGGCGACCUGUUGGCCUACAAGGUGCCCACCUUUGUCUUCCAGGUGCUGUCUCAGAUUUACCAGCUGGAUUACUGUUCCAUCUACACUGAGAAAAGCAUGUGUGCCAAGGACCCUGAGUGUGCCUGGUGUAUGAAUGGUUGUCAAAGCACCCAGCCCCAUAACAUUUGCCCCAAUACUGGCUGCCUGGGCUUGGCCCGCCUCCUGGUUGACUGCCAAUCAUGCCUGGCAUUUGGCAGCACCAAUGCUUCUCUGCCCCGUGCCCCAGGACCUUUUGGCUGGUGUGUGCAGAAUGAAACCUGUAUGCCCCUCUCCGAGCAAGGCAGGUGCCAAGUGGGGAAGAUCUCGGGAACGUAUGGCUGGUGGGGGCCGCAGCCCUUCUUUGUCACUUCCUUGGCACAAUGUCAACGUGAAAACUUCCUGCCUGGCCUUCAUCUCAUCACCUACCAGCAGCCGCGCAAUGACUCCCAGCCGGAUAAGGUUUCCAUCGUCCGCAGCACCACCAUCACCCUGAACCCCAGCACGGAGAUGGACGUCUCACUGGUCUACAAGGGGUUCAUUCACCCGCUGGCUAACAACCAUGGUCCUGCCGAGGACAUCUCCAUCUGGGCACGCAUCCAGCGACUUUUUGUCAUUGCCAAGCUGGCCCGGGCCCCUGGUGCAUUGGAACUGGAGGAGGUCGGCCGCUGGGCGGUGCAGCAAGAGAAAGAGAAGCGGCUGCUUCAGCGGCCGGGGGCUGAGCGUCUCUUCCCCAACACCGAGAGGGGCAAUAAGUACACGGUGCUAGUCGAAGGCCACCUCAACCACUCUGGUAAUGGGCAGACAAGCGAGCUGACCCUCACCUGGGACCGCACCGGAGUGCCGGGUGGCAGCGAGAUCUCCUACUUCUUCUUGGAGCCCUAUCGCUCGGAUCUGUGUUUCACCUACCGCUCGUGCCUGGCUUGCCUGGCUGACCAGGGCUGCGGCUGGUGCCCGCUCAGUGCCACCUGCCACCAGCGCCUGGCGCACAAGGACGACGUCUCAGCCUGUGGCGCUGGCAGUGUGCGCCUCAUCCUGGUCCCUGGCAACUGCAUCCUGUGCGAGGACUACCGAGACUGUCACGCCUGCAGCAAGGACCCAUUUUGCGAGUGGCAAGUGAACAGCAGCAAGAAGGGGGAUUUUCUCUGCAGCCGCCGAGGCCGCCUCCCCAGCGCCAUUCGUUCCCCAGAGGAAUGUCCCAAGCUCUGCAAUCAACGCAGCACGUGUUCUGAGUGCCUCUCCAACUCCAGCCAGUGUGCCUGGUGCCAGUCCACACGCAGCUGCUUCUUCUUUGCUGCCUACCUGGCCAAGUACCCAUAUGGGGACUGCCGCGGAUGGUAUGACAGUGUUCAUUCUGUUCCCCAGUGCCUGGACUGCACUCGGUUCAACACCUGCCGGGAAUGUUUGCAGAACUUUGAAUGCGGCUGGUGUGGCAACUCAGACAACCCGACUCUGGGCAGGUGCCUCCCUGGGGAUUUCUCAGGACUGAACACUUUCCCAAACUGCUCGGUGGCCCUUUGGGAGUCUCAUGGGCUGCUGCCCACCCACCCUGCCCAGUGGUCGUACGGGCAAUGCCCAGAUGUGGAUGAGUGCCGUCUGGGCCUGGCCAACUGCCACCCUUUCGCCAGCUGCAAGAACACACCAGACUCGUUCGAGUGCCACUGUAAUCGAGGCUAUGCGGGUGAUGGCGUGGCCUACUGCAACCAGACUUGCUAUGACGAAUGCGCACACGGAGAGUGCAGCGGGGCCCCCAACUUCACUUGCAUCUGUGACCUCGGCUGGACCUCAGAGCCAGAGAUGGAGGCCACCAACAUCAGCAGCAGCAGUAGCAGGGUGCAGUGCAAUGUGGACUGCGGGUGCCAUUUCCACAGCAGCUGCGCCGUCGGGGGGCCUGGUGUGUGUGAUGAGUGCCAGAACUGGACUCGUGGCGAGCACUGCCACCUUUGCCGGCCAGGCAGCUACGGGAACGCCACGUACCCGAGUGGCUGCCAGGAGUGUGCCUGCAAUGGGCACGGCCUGGAAGAGAUGGGCUAUUGCCACGGUUCCACCGGAGUCUGUUACUGUGCCCCACCCACUGAGGGGCUGCAUUGUGAGCGCUGUGCCCCUGGAUACUACGGGGACCCCAGAAAUGAGGGCAUUUGCUACCAGGAGUGUGUGGGACGCACUUUGCUUGCCAACCUCUUUUCCUCUUCUUCACUGAGCUCCCAGCGAGCUGGGGGCCCCCCUCCAGGCGGGCUUUCUUACUGCGUCUGGGUAUUGUCGACCAGUGAUGACAUGCAGGCCUGCAGUCUUGAGCAGACCUGCCCAACAAUCACCCUCACGUUCCAACCGGACACCCUCUGUAUGCAUAACUAUGUCUAUGUCUUUGAUGGCCUGCCUGACUUCCUGGACACAGGCCUGAUUCAGUUGGACCGCACUCUGAUCGGGGCUUUCUGCGGGCAGGGCUAUCCUAAUCCGGUCACUGUGGAGGCUGUAUCAGGCCUUCUGGUCAUUUACUACGAGGCCAACUCCAGCGAGUCUUCAGGCUUCAACGCCACCUACACCGUCCACCGUUGCCGGCCCAGCUGCCACCCUCACCAGGAGUGCCAGGAAGGGCGCUGCGUCUGCAAGGGCGGCUACACGGGACCCAGCUGCCAAUUCCAGAUCUGCCCAGGCAACUGCUCUGCUCAUGCUGGGCAAGGGGUCUGCAACAAGAGCCUGGGCCUGUGCGUCUGCAGUCAGAGGUUUGCCGGUACAGACUGCUCCAUCCUGCUAGAUGCUGGCAAGAUUGUCUGGGAGACCUUGAUUGAUACCCAGCUGACAGCUGACACGGCCAGCCGGUUUCUUCACCGUCUGGGUCACACUAUGGUGGAGGGGCCAGACACCACGCUUUGGAUGUUCGGGGGCAUGUCUCUACGAGAGGGAAUGCUUGGUAAUGUGUACAGAUAUUCCAUCACUGAACGUCGCUGGACCCAGAUGCUGGCAGGAACGGAGGACAGGGGCCCAGGGCCCAACCCCCGCUACUUCCACGCAGCCGCUUACAUCCCCUCCUGCAAGGCCAUGUAUGUGCUUGGCGGGCUGACUGCUGAUGGCGUGGCCAGUGAUUUCUGGCUGCUCAACCUGACCACCUUGCAGUGGAGACUUGUGCAGGACCCUCUGAUCCCUGCUGUGGCAGGACACACCCUCACAGCCCGGUGGGGCUCCUCCUUGCUCCUCAUUGGCGGCUACUCCCCCGAGAAUGGCUUCAACAAGAAACUGCUGGAAUAUAACGUGGCGUCGGAGAGUUGGCAUGCAGGGAACCAGGCGGGAACGCCCCCGACAGGUCUGUAUGGGCAUUCAGCUGUGUACCACGAGGGCACAGACGCGAUCUAUGUCUUUGGUGGCCACCGGUUCCACGUGGAGAUGGUUUCUGCUUCCCCCGAACUCUACAGCCUUUACUACCCCAACCUGACCUGGAGCCUCCUGGUCCCGUCUCAGGGACCAAAGCCUCUGGCUCACUUCUUCCACGUGGCAGCCGUGCUGAAGGACACCAUGGUGGUGAUCGGGGGCCGCACCGAGCGUGAGAAUUUCACCAACCACCUCUUUUUUUACCAGCUGAACUGUAACACCUGGAUCCUCCCCAACAGCACAGUGGCGGCCAUGGUGGGAAAGCCCAUCACGGAGUCCAUUGCCCAUGCUGUGGCUGCGGUGGGAGAUCGCAUCUACCUCUCGGGGGGCUUCAACGGGGUGGCGCUGGGGCGCAUGGCCGCCCUCUCGGUGCCUCCCGACCCUUGCCUCAUCUUCUCCAGCCUGGAAGCCUGCAACGGAUCCAACGCCAGCUGCACCUGGUACCGAGGCAGCUGCCUCUCCGCUGAUGCUGCCGAGAGGCUCGGCUACUCCUCUGGUGGGGCCUCCUGCUUCCCCACUCCCAGGUCUGCGGAGGAGUGCCGCCGACUCCGAACGUGCAGCGAGUGCCUUGCCCAGCACCCCCAUGCCAUGGCCCAUAGCCUGGGGGUUCCAGCCUUACCGCAGUGCAAAUGGUGUACCAACUGCCCUGAAGGCGCUUGCAUUGGCAGCACUGGCAGCUGCACCUCGGAGAAUGACUGCCGGAUCAACCAGCGCGAGAUCUUCGUGGCCAGCAACUGCUCGGAGAUCUCCUGCGAGGCGUCCGAUUGUGCCAAGUGCACAGCCUCCGGGAAGUGCAUGUGGACACGGCAGUUCAAACGCACUGGGGAGACACGUCGCAUCCUCAGCGUGCAGCCCACGUAUGACUGGACCUGUUUCAGCCACUCGCUCCUCAACGUGGCCCCUAUGCCUGUGGAAUCCUCGCCCCCCCUAGCCUGCCCCACGCCCUGCCACAACCACAGCACCUGCACUGAGUGCCUGAGCUCCAAGGGGGCUGAUGGGGGCUGGCAGCAGUGCGUCUGGAGCAUCAGCCUACAGCAGUGCAUGAGCCCCACUUACCUGCCCAUGCGGUGCGCAGCUGGGAUGUGUGGCCGGGUGCUGAGUGGCGCUGAGAGCUGCACCCCAUCCUGCUCCCACUUCCAGCAAUGCGCCCUCUGCAUCCAGCAGCCUCGCUGUGGCUGGUGCGGCCUCCACGGCGAGAACGGCAAAGGGCGCUGCAUGGAGGGCGGGCGCAGCGGUCCUCGCCACGGGCUGACACAGUCCUGUGGGGCAGAGGCACACUGGGCCUUCAUGUCGUGCCCUCCGGAGAACGAAUGCCUGAAUGGGCACCACGACUGCAACGAGACGCAGAAUUGCAACGACUUGCCCCAGGGCUACAAGUGCACAUGCAAGAACGGCUACAUGCUGGACAAUGCGACUGGGCUGUGCAAGCCGGUGUGCGAACAAGGCUGCGUGAAUGGGACCUGCGUGGAGCCCAACGCCUGCAAGUGCCACUUUGGCUACGUGGGGCAGAACUGCUCGGUGGAGUGCCAGUGCAACAAGCACAGCAACUGCCACGGGGUGGAGGCCCAAGAUCAGUGUCUGCAGUGCUUCAACAACACCAUGGGUCAACACUGCGAAAAAUGCCAGCCUCUCUUUGUUGGCUCGGCACUGAACGGGGGUUCCUGCCGCCCCUGCCACACCUUCUGCCGGGGGAACAGCAAUGUGUGCAUUACGCGGGAAGAGUACAAGAGAGCCCAACAGGAUCCUGAGCGCUUCCCACUAGAGCCCGCCUUGAUCCCCAAAUGGGUGGCAGAAGGGCCAGCGGAGGAGACUGCUGUGUGUGUGAACUGUCAGAACAGCAGCUUUGGGGAGAAGUGCGAGAGCUGCUUGCAUGGCUACUUCCUGCUGGAGGGGAAGUGCACCAAGUGCCAGUGCAACGGCCACGCUGACUCGUGCAACGAACUGGAUGGGACCAACUGCCCCUGCCAGAAUAACACGGAGACGGGGCCUUGUCAGAACAGCGCUCAGUCUGACAAAAAGGACUGCUACAAGUACCAGUGCGCCAAGUGCCGGGAGUUCUUCCAUGGGAACCCAGUGGGCGGGCACCAGUGCUACCGGCUGAUCAUUGUGGACCAGGAGAGUUGCUUUGAUCCCACCUCGCAGCUCAAUUGUUUCCACGAGCCCAACAUUAAGAACCUGCCGUUUGGCCGCUCAGUCUUCUUUGGGGUCCAGCCCAAGUUCACCAACGUGGACAUACGAAUCACCAUCGAUGUGACCUUUGGCGGUGUGGACGUCUACAUUUCCACCUCUUUUGAGACAUUUGCGGUGGAUGUGGACCGGGCCACGGGCAUCCACAUGGUACGGGUGGUGCCGCCAGGCGACGAGUCGGGCGGACGCAGCGGAGGCACCAGCAACGUGAGCCAGUCCUCCCCGCUGGUGCGAGAGGAGCAGACUCACAGCCUCAUCACCUACAUCACUGUGCGGGAGCAGCACGCGGUGCUGAUUGUGCGGGGCGUCCGAGACCGCGUGGUCAUCACCUACCCCCACGAGACCCAUGCCCUCAAGUCCAGCCGUUUCUUUGUGGUCCUGCUGGGCGUUGGGGGCACCAGCCCCAAUGUGACGGAAUCCCAAGGGUUGCUCUUCUUCCGCCAGGACCAGGCCCACAUCGACCUCUUUGUCUUCUUCUCGGUCUUCUUCUCCUGUUUCUUCCUCUUCCUCUCAGUCUGUGUCCUGCUUUGGAAGAUCAAGCAGUUCCUAGACCUGAGGCAUGAGCAGCGGCGCCAUCUGCAGGAGAUGACCAAAAUGGCCAGCCGCCCCUUUGCCAAGGUGACCAUCUACUUUGAGCCUGACACUUUGGGGGCGGCUGCGGAGCUGAUCUUCCUCCCCGCACGCCCCCACAAGCACCCCAUGCUGGCUGCUGCCCAGCCCCUGCCCAGCCGCCUGAAACCCUACCACGAAGUGCCCUACCCUGUCGCCCACUUCCGUCGCUCGGAGCCCUUCCUUUCCCACCUCAUGGGCUACUCCUACUCCAGCUUCCGUGUGGGGCCCAUCACCCUAGAGCCCACAGAUGAUGGCAUGGCCGGGGUGGCCACUGUCCUCUUCCAGCUGCCAGGAGGGCUGCAGGCCCCUAACCGGGCCUGCCUGGGCUCGGCCCUCGUCACCCUGCGCCACAAUCUUCAGGACUAUUGCAGCAGCAGCCAUGGAGUCAGCAGCUCCCGCAAAGGCCUCCUCAGCCAUGAAAACCUCACCAGCAUGUCCCUAUGAGCCACCAGGGAACUCGGCCUUGCUUUGGAAGGGGAGGAGUGGGGUGGGAUUCAUUGCUUCUGCCACCUGCUCAGUGGACUUCCUUUGCCUCGGGAGGCAGUGACUGUUCCUGCCACAGGGACCAGGGGGAGUUGCUUCCUGGGUCCUCGAGGCAUCCCCAGCUAUCAUGCCAUGAAUGUGGACAUCACCACUAGGGGGGGCUGCUGCUGCUGCUGCUGCCGUGCCUCUCCAAAGCAUGGCGCAAGGUGCUCUGCUCACAGUCGCCAGGGCCUGCUCCCUCCUCACCCACCCACCUUGUGGAGCUCUCGGAGCCACGUCGGUCUGGGUGGACGGUGCUUAGCAAGCUGUGCCCUGGAGGGGCAGGCAGACGUGUGGAGCGUUCUGUGUCUAAUCAAGGAUGGAUCUGUCAGGAGUAAAUAGUGGGAAAUGGCCACUUGGA